UGCCAAGAACCCUCUAACGCGUCUUCUGCGAUCUGUCCGUCUUGUGGAGUCAAGUCUAUGGCUUUUACAAUUUAGCAAUUAAUCUAAACCUUUCUUUCCUGAUAAAAAAAAAAAAGAAUUGUAAAAUAUAUAUGAAAAAUAAAGAAAGUGUUUUUUUCAAUCUGUUGGCAUUAAAACUUUGUUGAGGUGAAUUGUUUCUCAGUUCGAUCCUGUGAAGGAAGAAUCACGCAACAACACCAUUUCAUUCACUUUCUAUCGAUUGAUUUCGAGGGUUUCAUCAAUCUAACUUCUUCUCUUCUGUGUUUUUUUUUUUUUUUGAGAGAUAGAGAGAGAGAUGGAGAAAAUGGUGAAUUUGUUGAAGCCAAAACCGAAUCCACAACAGCAAUUGAGAGAUUGGCAACGUCAUCUCCGCCAAGAGUGCCGCAACAUCGAACGCCAAAUCCGAGAUAUACAGAGGGAAGAGAAAAGUGUACAAAAAGCAAUAAGAGAGGCUGCCAAGAGAAAUGACAUGGGCUCUGCUAAGGCACUUGCUAAAGAAAUUGUGAGAUCUAGAAGGACUGUGAAUCGACUUUACGAAAAUAAGGCACAGUUGAAUUCAAUAUCAAUGCAUCUCGGGGAAAGUGUUGCUAUUUCUCGUACAGUUGGACAUUUGUCCAAGAGUGCUGAAGUCAUGAAGCUUGUCAACAACCUCAUGAAGGCCCCAGAAGUGGCAGCCACAAUGCAAGAAUUCAGCAAAGAAAUGACGAAGGAAAAUGGACACUUUAGAGUUUAG